GAGGGCACCAGGAUGCCACGGUCUGUGGCACUAUCCUGGGCUCAGUAUGUACGUGAUCCAUACAGGUGACGCUGGCCAGGUGGUGCCACAUUCUCUCCUGCAGGGUGCCAGGUGGCUGCAGGAGCCUGGCAUCCUGUUCAAGGACGUGGCUCUCCUGCAAGUUCCUGGCUACCAGGCCACCCAUCCCUGGUGCCGCCCCGCCACCCGCCGCCCUCACUCCGGCGCCGCCCAUCACCACCCACCUGUUAAUAUAGGAACGGAUGUUCAUGAUGGUGUGUCAGCUGUGACGAGGGAGAACUUACAGCUGAGGUGUGGUGGUGGUGAUGAUAGUUGUGGUGGUGACAAGGGCAGAAGGAUGGAGGAGGAGGGCAGUGUGCAGUUUAUACAACAGAAGAGCAAUGUUCCCACAUGCUGUACAUUCCAUCCCAAGGAUCGAUAUGCUUUCGCAUUUGGUGGGAGUGAUGGCGAGAUAACAGUGGUCAAUGCUUUACGAGGAGAAAUAGUGCGCUCUGUUCCUCUAGGUUCUCUCAGUCUUGCAAGAGCCAUCAAUGCUCUCAACUUCUCUCCAGAUGGCUCCAAGGCUAUUACAACUUCAGUGUCUCGCAAAGUGAGCAUCGUGGAUAUAGAGAGAGGGACUCCCUUGUUGGCGUACGAUAACUGUGCUAGUCCUAUUGAUGUCCGACAGCCGCUUAUCGUACAUCCCUCUUUACCAUACCUGGCCGCCUGCACCACAGUCAAUGCUCGGGGCAUUACUCUUCUUGAUUUUAGGAUGCCACUGCCACUUGAUUUUAUCUAUGAUUUACACGAGGACAGCAUCAAUGAUAUGUGUUUCCUUGAUGGGUCCUGGCCAUGGGGAUCUGGCAAGGCUGUCCUGGUGUCUGGUUCAGCUCUAGGGGAGGUCAAAGUGAACAGUGUAGAUGGACGUCCAAUAUGCUCCUUUUCUGCUCAGCCUCCUGUCACUUGUUUGUACCCUUCCCCUGAGCGCUACAAUGUCUCACUCUCUAAUGGAUAUCCCAGUGUGAUGAUGGCCAGCACGGGUGAAGGUCUUGUGUGUUGGUGCGUCGGUAAGCGACCAUGGAAGUGGGAGACCCAGAAGGUGAACCCUGGUAGGGUAACAUGCAUGCGGUACACAGUUAGUGGGGGUGUGCUCUACACUGCUGAAGGUAAGACUGUGUACCGAUAUCGCCGCUAUCCUGAGCGCCAUCAAGUCAUUGGACAAGUCUUCAGUCACACGGCUCCCAUUUUGGAUCUUGAUCUUUCACCAUACAAUGAAUAUCUGAUCACUGCAGGCAAGGACAACAUGGUUGGUCUUCUACACCUCGGAGCCCCAAAUCAUGGCUGGACCCAACGAUGUGAGUUUACAUGAUCAAGCCUUUCCCACAAACUUGAUCUCUUCGAGUCCGAUCGUCAAGUGUGCACUCUGAAUAAUUCUUUCAGUCACGGGAAUAAAAACUGAAGGUUCUUGGUCCUUCUGUACAUGUGAAUGCACUGGUAAUACAGAAGAAUAUUUUUAUUUAAAAUUAGAUUCUUUGAAGUAGAAAUGCAAAGAUUUGCAGUGCGUGUGUUGAAACUUUGAGCAGACAGUUCAGGUGUAACUUCACAAUUCAGGUCGUGUUAAAGUUUCAAAAAUUAUUGUUGUUGUAUUGGAAAAUGAAGAGCUACAUGUAUAGUUAAUGCAGUGUAUUUUAUUUUAAUGUAUUAAGCAGGACCUGAGGAAAGUAAGUUCUUCCCGCUGUUACUAGCACUUCUUAAAAGUUCAGAUUGUACCUUUCUUAUUUUUUUAAUUUCUAAUGUGUGUGUCAUAUAAGGUUGCAUUUGAGAUUUAUCAGGUAAAUUUUAUCUUUUGUUCCCAUUUCUUUUGUAUAUACAGUAUGUGCUAUUUAUACUCUUGUUUUCAGGUUAGCAUUGGUAAGUAAUGGAAGUGUAACUAUGUUUAUGUCUUGCUUUUUAGGCAGUGUUUGUCACAUAAUCUGAAUUGACUUAAACAUAAAUUAUUUCCAAAAGAUAUUCUUAUGCAUUCUCCAUGGGGAAGUGGAACAGAAUUCUUCCUCCGUAAGCCAUGCGUGUUGUAAGAGGCGACUAAAAUGCCGGGAGCAAGGGGCUAGUAACCCCUUCUGCUGUAUAUAUUACUAAAUGUAAAAGGAGAAACUUUUGUUUUUCCUUUUGGGCCACCCCGCCUCGGUGGGAUACGGCUGGUGUGUUGAAAGAAAGAAAGAUUCUUAUGCAUUGAUACAUACAUUUUUGUAAAUUAACAUGGCAUUGUAUUUUUUUAUUUCAAGAUAGUGAUCAUCUACACCAAGGCUGGUGACCCAAAAAAGAAAAAAACUGUAAAGUUUAUCUUCUUUUUACAUUGAGUAAUUUAUAUAAGAGAAGGGUUUACUAGCCCCUUGUUCCCAGCAUUUUUUAACAACACGCAGGAAUGAUUCUUUUCCACUUCCGCAUGGAAUGGUACUGUAUGUAAAUUUGUGAUUUUGCCCCAAAACUAACUUUGAAACCUGGCAGGGCAUGCUGUUGACAAUAGUGAAGAAACAAAGUACUAUAUUGAAAACACUUUUGUUUGUAUAAUGUUUUGAGCUGGUUAGACCUUUGUAGAUUUGACUUGUUUGGCAAAAUGAUUAUUGUUUUAUAUUUCUCCGAGGUGACUCAUGAAAUCAUAAUAACACGAUUGCAAACAAACCACUGAAUGGGUGGGAUUUGAUGAAACUCCAGGCCAGCUGGCUGAGUGGUUUACACACUAGCUGGAGUUUUAAGACUCAGUUGCCAUGGGUUCAAAUCCCAACUGUUCCAUAGUUUAUAUUCCUGCAAGCGCAACCUAAAAAGCACAGCAUUUCUUUCUGUAUGGAGGUAUUGCAUUUCUUUUGGUAAAACUUUUCUUGAAUGCAUGGACAACAUUAAGGUUUAAUUGAAUGGUGAGUUUAUUUUUCAUUAUUGGUGAAUACUUUUUUAUGAAUAAAAGUUAGUUAAAAGCUGCGUGUAUAAUACUAAAAGAUCUCAAAACCCGUAAGUUCUGAUUCCAUUUAUAGUUUUAUGUGUCUUAGCAGGGUGCUGGGCUGAUUGAAGCAUCGGUUUGCAGUGGGUACUUCCUCACUUCCAUCAGGAUAAGUAGAGCUAAUUAUUUUGAUAUUAACCUUGGUACUUGAUACUGACAGGUGGUCGAAAAAGAUGAGUAAGCAAACACCAGGAUGUACUUAUUAAAAACAUUUAGGUCCUGGAACCUUGAUUGCCUCUGGUCAAGGUCCUGGAACCUUGGUCGCCUCUGAAGUGAUCAAAGUCCUAUGACUGAAAUAUUUCUAAUAACCACAUGCUAGUGUUUGGUCAUGUGUCAUUUGAAGCUGCUAAUUAUUUUGGUAGAUCAGUCUCAAAAUCCAAAGGUUUCUGGGUGAAAGUUUGUUUUUAUUUUCUUGACUUUUAGAUUUUCAAAGGGUUUUAUUAAUUGAAAAUAAGGUGUUUCUUAACCACUGUUUGUGUGAAGUUGAAUAAAUACAAGCAAUAUUUUCUGGAGUGAAAGUUUGCUACACUACUGAACUCUGUAUUGAGGCUUAGGAAGUCCAUUUCUUUUAUGCUUUUAUAUUUUUUUCUUAGUCAUACAGCAGAGACAUGCAAGAUAGAAUAAGUAAAACACCUGAUGCUGUACUUACAACAUAUAUGGUUAUUUUAAUGAUUUUUAUUUUUGGAGUAAAGAUCUUGUGUAGAGUGAGUUAUGAUUUGAAAUAUAUUUCCUAGUGAUUGUUGUUAUACUUUAUAUCUCUUUAUAGACUGUUUGUAAUGUUUUUUACCUGUAAUGAAUAUGACACUUGAGGCAUUAAUGCGAACGGUUAUAAAUAGUUUGUUAAAUCUGUGUUAAAUUUUAGUUGUUUUUAUGCAUUGUACAACUAUGAUUCAGUACUGGAACGAUGCUUCAACUGUAAUUUCUACUCACUUGGGCAUUAUUAUUGUUAUAGCCAUUGGGAAGCACUAAACCUGUAAGGGGUCAUAGAGUGCCUGGGGAGUGGGUGGUAAUUAUUAUUAUAUUUACGAGGAAACGAUAAGAGUCAGACCGAAUGUCAUUAUGAGCUUCUUUCUCCUAUGUGCGGAUUAUUUGUGCAUGAGGAAGUGCUAUAUUCAUAGUCAUUGAGUGCCUACGAAUGGGAGGUAAUUAAGUGUGAUCAGGAGAAGGGAAGACCAGUUUGAAUGUACUGUGUAUCAGUGGUAAAAUAUAUUAACAAGUUAUGUAAAUAAGACAUGAUACUUUAUGUGGCUUAUGGUAUAAAACAUCUUUUCAAUGAAAUGCCACAAACUGCAUGUAAUGGUAUCUGAAAUUCUUUACAUUGAGAGGGCUUCAGUAGCAUCAAGGCUUCACCUUGAAGGAGUAAUGUGUACUCGCCUGCAUGUGGUUGCAGGGGUAGAGUCACAGCUCCUGGCAUAAGAAAGUUUUCAUAGUUUGGCUAAACAGCAUUAAUGAAUGAUUCUUAAACUGUAGGUAUCAAGAUUCCCACCACUAAAACUCUAGUUCAACUAGCUAGUUUGCUGAAUUCCCCUCAGAGUACCACUUUGAGGGGGAUUCAAGCCAGACCCUUGCACCAACCACACAUCAAAACCUCUAAACCAUUCUCCUAUGUUAAAUCUUCAUUGACUCUGAUCUAACAGUCACAUGUGUGACUGUUUAUUGCCUCCCCACAUGUCCAUCCAUCCAUCCCAGAUUGAUGCAUUCUCUUCAUCAACCCAUCAUGUUUCACACUAUCUUAACUCAUUUUUUGGAGUAUGUUUAUAGUCACCUAUCUUGCUCCACACCAUCUUAAUCAACUUAUCCUGCUACUCUCUCUAGCCUUAACCCCAUCCAUCACCAAGGAUUACGUUUAUGCCUUGGUGCUUUUCGCUCUUCCCCUGUUGAGAACCUCUAUGCAGAAGCGAAUGUUCCAUCCUUGUCUGAUCGCCGUGAUGCCCAUUGCCUUCGCUACUAUGUACGCUCUCACGAUCUCCACAAUCCUUCCAUUUAUAGAAUGGUCACCGAUAUUAGUAGACAUUCUUUAUUUGUUCGCCGCCCCUGUUUGCUCCAUCCCUUUUCUCUUCGCCUACAUUCGCUCUUGUCUUCCCUUCAGUUACCACCUUUAUAUGUUCAUAUAGCAUCUCACUUUUCCCUACCCCCCUGGGAAGUUCCAGCUGUUCGGGUCUGUUCUUUCUCACUCCCUUGCUCGAAAGCCCAACUGCCUACAGUGGCUUCCCGCUCUCUUUUUCUUGAUCACUUCCACUCUUAUUCUCAUGCCAUCACUGUGUACACAGAUGGCUCUAAGUCUUCAGACGGCGUCGGAUUCACAGCAGUGUUUCCAGACAGCAUCGUGCGAGGGCAUUUACUAUCUUCGGCUAGCAUUUUUACUGCUGAAUUGUAUGCCAUUCUUGCAGCACUUAUUCGUAUCGCAUCUAUGCCUGUGUCAUCAUUUGUGGUAGUCUCAGACUCCCUUAGUGCUCUACAGGCUAUACGAAAAUUUGAUACAUCUCACCCCCUAGUUCUCCGUAUCCAACUUGGCUACGCCGUAUCUCUACCAAGCAUAAAGAUAUUGUUUUUUGUUGGGUCCCUGGUCAUGUCGACGUACAGGGCAAUGAACAGGCAGACACUGCUGCGCGGUCAGCAUUACAUGACCUACCAAUUUCCUAUAGAGGUGUUCCAUUUCUGGACUAUUUUGCUGCAAUAGCUACCCACCUUCACACCCGUUGGCAACAACGUUGGUCAACUCUGCUCGGUAACAAACUUCAUUCUAUUAAAACCGAGCAUAGGUUACUGGCCGUCUUCUUGUCAUCAGUGCCGAGGUUGGGAGACCACUCUCUCCCGCCUUCGCAUAGGCCACACUCGUCUUACUCAUGGGUAUCUCAUGGAAAGGCACCCUGUUCCUCUCUGUGAGCAGUGUCAAGUUCCAGUAUCGAUUAGCCACAUUCUGUUAGACUGCCCUCUCUAUCAUCGAGCAUGCAGAAUUUACCUCCAACGUCGUCUUCGUUCUACUACUCUCUCUUUACCUUCCCUUCUUGCUGAUGGACCCUCCUUUAAUCCUGACUCUCUCAUUGACUUCUUGACAACGACUGAUUUACUCCACAAACUCUGAUGAUGAUACCUUUCGCACUCCCCUCAGCCCUUUCUAGUUCAGUCUCUUGCUGCCCUUUACCCUUUCACCAUCCACUGCCCCGCUGUUAUCCGUAACCUAUUACUCAUCCAUCUUCCUUUUGCCACCUGAUGCCCUCGCUUCCUUCCUGCCCUGCAGCGCUGUAUAGCCCUUGUGGCUUAGCGCUUCUUUUUGAUUAUAAUAAUAAUUAGUCAACUUAACUUGAUAAUAAAUAAUGUGCAUGCACAUCAGGCUGGCUUGCUUUUCAGUCUUGUACAGUGGAGGAUUUUUAUGCUGGAUACAAUUUAGAAAUCUCCAGUAUUAGAGUGAGAAAACCUGCUGCUCAGACAACAAAUCUCAUCAUUGAAGAUACCCAAGCAUUAUGCAUCUCUUAUUCAUCAACUUGCCAGUAUUCCAUCCCAUCAAUAUAAUGAAGCAAAUUAUUGCAACAACCUCUCUUUCAUGGCUUCCAAAGAAUAAAAAGGCUUCAUAAAGAAUAAAAAGGCACAGUACUGUGACUGGAACAGUACACAAAUAAUGCACAUAGGAAAGAGAAGCUAACAACGAUGUUACAGUCCAAUUUGGACCAUUUACAAAGUCACACUGUGUACUUUGUAAAUGGUUUAAGUCACACUGAAAUGUCAUAGUAAGUUUCUCUCUCCUAUGUUCAGGUUAUUUGUGUAUUGUGUUUUAGAUGAAGUCAUCUGUCUUGCAACCUCUCCUGACCUGACCUUGGCUUUCACUAUACCUUACUCUAGAUUUCCACCUUAAUCAUGAUGAUAAUCAUGGACAAUCAGGAAUGUCAUCCUAAAAAUUAAUCUCUAGUUUGUGGGAUAGCUGUGAAUUGUUCCAAUCAUGGUAAUGUGAAUGCUAGUCUUCCUUUUACAGUAUGUAAUGUACAGUAUUCUGUCUGAACAAUUAUGAAGCAGAUGACAGUCCAUAUUGCAGGUGAUCUGAAGGAUUUAUUUAAUGCAGUUGUGUAAAUGGCAUGAAUUAUGACUACUGUAUCUGGCUACAAUCACUUCCUUCCAUUUUCCUCUUAAUGAAUAACUAAAGUGUAAUGAACACUUGUCAGUGAUCAGUAAUAACCCACAUGGAGACAGAAACUCAUAAGAUUGAUUGAUCUGUAUAUUUCGACUCCCUUCUGGGAUCCUCAGUGUACAUAAUGUGUUUUAGAGAAUAAUCUGUAUAUGACUGUAUUUAGGGACUAGUGAAUCGGUAGUAUUUAUGUAUCUGAAAGGGAGGGGUGAACAGAGGAAAUGUGCUCAUGUAAAGAGUAAAUAUUAGUUAUGAACUUUGUGCACUGUUCCAUCCUCCCCUCCUCCCCCCACUCCUGCCAAACAAAUAAUUUCAUUAAGGUAUUUAGUCUAUUAGUAAUACUGUAUAGCAGCUUCCUGAAAAAUUCAUGAUGGAUUUACCAUUGUUUAUGAAUAUAACAAUCAGUGUGUGUCUAAUUGCCCAUCCCAUGAGUGGGGAAAAUGGAUGUACAGUACUAAUAAUGAUUGUUUAAUCUAUACAGGCAGUAAUUAAAGCAGCUAUUUUUUUACUUGUAAUAUAUUUUUAAUACUGUAUAUGCUAUGGGAAGAAAUAGAAACUCAGUAAUUCAUGCCCUAGAGGAAGUUUAGCAGGUUUUAUUCCUGAACUUGAGUUUCACCAGUGAUAAUAAACAAUGCUGCCUUGUAAUUGGGCAUUUUGAAUUUUUUGUUCCACCAGAGAGGAUUGUUCCAUUUUACAUGUGACCUCUUGUUUACUUUUUGUAUAUUUGGCUUAGUUGUUCAUGCAGUUUCUUGACCAUAGUUUGCAAAAUGGUACUUAUUUCAGUAUUUAUAAUUAUCAUUAAAUGUAGGGAAUAUGUCUAUGCUGUAAUAUUGAUUUGUAUACCUGGAGGAGGUUUCAGGGGUCGUUGCCCCUAUGGCCCGGUCUGUGAUUAGGCCUCGUCACACAUACUUCAUGUUUGUGUACACAACACUCAAAAGCAGCAUUUUUAGAGUUAUUAUCUACACUUAUGACUAAGAUCCAAAAUAUGUAAUAUUGUCUUGAGAAAAUAAUUGUUUUGUGAAUUCUCAUCUACUUACAAAAAUUGCUACGGGUGUUUGUCAAUUGAGGGAACCUUCUAUCUCAAAGCAGGUGUUGUCAAUCGAGGGAACCUUGCAUCUUAAAAUGUGUUUGUCUGUCGGGGGAACCUCGUAUCUCAAAAGAGGCGUUUAAAAGGUUGCAUCUUGAGUGUUGGUUCACCAUAUGUUGCAUCAGUUCCACCAUGAAGCAUCAAGGACAGUGGUGCUAACACCCCCCCCCCCCAUCCCCACUCCACACAUUGUAUGAUGGGUUUAGUGCUUCCUUCUGAUGAUGAUGAUGAUAAAAAUAAUAAUAAAUACUGUACAGCAUAUGCUUAUUGUAUUUUAUUACCAUACAAUAUAAUGCUGAAUUUGCAUUUAUCACAUAUGUACUUUUAAAGGAUGGAGGAGCCAGCUUGUUGCAUUGAAUCAUCCACACUCAGUACUUCACAUAAAUGUAAUAAUGUUGUUGUGGUUAAGAUAACAUGGAUGCUCUGCUCUCUGGACUAUCCCUAGUAUUAUCUGAGAUAUUGAUUUAUCAAUCAGGAAUUUAUUUCUUAAACAGUUUUUUUUUUUUUUACUCUGUGAUUUUUAUGAACUUGCAUGUGUAUGAGAUGACCAGGUGGUGUAUGACCCUUGGGUUUAUCAUCUAUGAAUAUGGGGUGUUGUGUUAUGCAGCAGAAAAGAAUAAGUGUCAUAUUCAAGCAAUGGAGUAAAAUGCAAGCAUAUGGGAGAUCAGAGCCAUGAAGGUCAAGCCACCAUAGUUUAUCAGGCUCUAAUCCUAACUUAGAGAUGCAGAAGACAACAUCUGCACUUUCCCACAGGCAAAACAUUAAACAAUCUGGAAAUAAAGAUAUUAGUAGCAGAGGAUUCACCCAAGGCUGGGGUUUUUCAAGUACACAAGAAUGAGCAAAUACUACUACUGAAAAGGCAAAUGGGGAUCAUGAGGUCAGGCUCAGAGAAAGACACCUCACACACAAGGUCACUGCAAGAGCAAGUGUGUUUACUGGUUGCUGUGUACUUGAUAAAGCCUGACCUUGAGUGAAACAUUGUACUAAAAGGAUCCUUUGCUGCCAGUAUCCUGUAUAUGUAUGGUAUACAAUACCAACAAGAUAAAGAAUUAGACAUGUUCAUCUGGAUAUUUUUAUACCCAGUGUUGUACAUAUGUCUAAUUCUUUACCAGUAUCUUUAUUCCCGCUUGUCUACUUUUGAUAUGGUCUGCCAUUGAGGAAUCCAUUUGUUCACUAACCCAGAUUUUGGCCAUGGUGGCAUUUAUUUGUUUCUGCCUCUCAGUGCCUCAUAUGUUACUGUAAGACUGAGUUCCAGUGUCCAUCACUGUCCUUGAAACUUGGAACUCCUAUUCUUAAUCAAUGGAUAUUUAUUAUUUUUAAUCCAAUUUUUUUAUUAUAUACAUCCCUCCACAGGAUGUUCUUGGAGGUGAUAUGUCUUGGUCCAAGGAAUUGGAUCUAACCUCUUUCUUGGAACAAGCCUGACUGUUUCCCUUUCCCCAGGCAGUGUAUUACCCCACAAGGUUUAGUGGUUGCUCUUAAUGAUUAUUGUACCCAUCAGUCUCCACCUAAAAGAUUGAUAAUGGUAUCAAUUGUAAUGACUGAUAAGGAAGAAAUCCUUAUGAUUUACACAUCACCUAAUAUUUUUAUUGACAAUCUCACAUCUGUAUUUUAUGUCUAAACGUGUUCAUCGAAUUUAUUCAGAAAACUCAGGCCAAUAGGUCAUGAAUUUCUUUAUUGGGCUCUUUUUCUAAAUGUUUGUAGGCUUACUUAAAAAAAAAAGUCUGUAUUAGCAUAGGAUAUAUCUUUUCUGAACCUGAGUGGAUUAAAGGGUAAUAGUGAUGGAUGCAAAGCAAUGUCAGACACUUGCUGGAAAGAACUGUAUAUUUCAGCUUGUAAGACCCUCCAGGGAGGCACCUUGAUGCCAGUGAGAAAGUCUUUAUCUAGUGAACUGGACUUAUUCUUCUCUUCCUUGGAUCAAACUUGAAAGCCUCCCAUUCCCUAGGAGCUGUAUGAUCCCAAUAGGUUUAGCACUUUCUCCAUGAUUAAAAUAAUUGGCCUCUAACUGAUGUUGAAGUACAUGUAUACAAAUUUCUCUAACUUGUAUUUUAUAUAGCUAAGUGGUUUGUCACUUUGCAAGUGUAGAUAUUGCAGUGCAAGAGUAUAGAUAUUGCAGUGGAAUGUAUCUUAAUGAUUUACAAAGUGUCACUGCUGGGUGGAGUACAUUUACAGUGCUCAAAAUUUGCAAGGAUGUGCUCAGAGUUCAAACACAAAACCUGAGAAAACCACUAAGUGUUGUCUGUGUAAACCAUCUGCAAUCAGGACUUUAAAUGACAUUUUUUAAUAUAAUAAAGUAAAAUGUUUAUUUCUUUAAGUACAUGUACAAGGUAUACAGGCCAUAGCUGACAUCAGUGACAUACUGCUAUAUAGAAAGCCCCUUGUUAUGCAGAGCAUUUCUCGCAAAUUUGGUCAGUUUUAUUCCAGGAUGCGACCCACACCAGUCGACUGACACCCAGGUACCCAUUUUACUGAUGGGGAACGUAGACAACUGGUGUAAAGAAACACUCCCAAUGUUUCUACCCUCACCGGGAAUCAAAUCUGGACCCUCGCCAUGUGAAGCGAGAGCUUUAGCUACCAGGCCACAGGGCACUGUGGCCUGGUGAAUUUUUUUUUUUUAAUUCACAAAUUGAGAUCCUGCAAAUUUUGAGUGAGUAAUAUACCAUAUGUUAAAUGUAAUUAGGAAUAAUGUACUGGGCGUAUAGCAAUAAAAGCCAAAGAAUGAUAAUACAGAAGAGUGGUAAUUAAUAAAGAUAUUCUUUAUAGUUUCAGAGAACAUUUUGUAUUUGCUUAAUAGGUUAGUUUGUAUUCUUAAUAAAAGAAAUUUUUAA